ACCAGCCGCAUCCUCAUCAUCCUCUGCCCAACUUCCUGCUUCUUCAUCCUCGGCUGCUUUGCUGACUUUGCCGAAAAAGGAUUCUCCGCACCAUCUGCACCGCCGGCUUUUCCUCUGCCUUCCCGGCCGGCGACUUCGGCCCUUCUUCCCUGCAGCCGGGGGGUUUUCGGCUCUUCCAAGAUGGUUCCCGCCAGUGUUUCCCUUUGUUUAUACAUUCUUGCCGUCUUCGUGCUGAGCUGCUCGCCGGCGUCAUCCCAAACGGGACGGAAGAAAGUCGUGCACGUUUCCGAGGACGACAGUGGUGCCGUGGUGGUCCAGACGGCGCCGGGCAAAGUGGUCACCCACCGGGGCGGCACCAUCGUCCUCCCGUGCCGCUUCCACUACGACGCCUCGGCCCACGACCCGGACGAGAUCCGCCUGAAGUGGACCAAGGUCUCGGACCCGCUCUCCUUCGAGGACGUCUUCGUGGCCCUGGGCAAGGAGCGCCGGGCCUUCGGGGGCUAUCGUGGCCGGACGGCGCUGCAGGGCGACGGCCCCGGAGACGCCUCGCUGGUCGUCCGGAACGUCACCCUCCAGGACUACGGCCGCUACGAGUGCGAGGUCACCAACGAGCUGGAGGACGACGUGGGGAUGGUCAAGCUGGACCUGCAAGGGGUGAUCUUCCCUUACCACCCCCGCUUGGGGCGCUACUCUCUCAACUUCCACGACGCUCAGCGAGCCUGUCUGGAGCAAGACGGGAUCCUGGCCUCGUACGACCAGUUGCACGAAGCCUGGUUGGAAGGCAUGGAUUGGUGCAACGCCGGGUGGCUGGAGGACGGCUCCGUGCAAUACCCCAUCGCCAAACCCCGGGACGAGUGCGGUCGCAAAGACACCCCCGUUGGAGUGAGGAAUUACGGCUACCGGCACAAAGAGGACGACCGCUACGACGCCUUCUGCUUCACGUCCAACCUGAACGGGAAAGUCUUCUUCCUCAAGACCUUCCGCCGGCUGAGCUUCCCGGAGGCGUCCCUGGCCUGUCAGAAGAGCCGGGCGGUGGUGGCCAAGGUGGGCCAGCUCUACGCCGCCUGGAAGACCCAGCUGCUGGACAAGUGCGAGGCCGGCUGGGUGGGCGACGGCAGCGUCCGCUACCCCAUCGUCAACCCCCGGCCCCGGUGUGGGGGCCGCGAGCCGGGCGUCCGCUCCCUGGGCUUCCCGGACAAGAAGUACAAGCUCUUCGGCGUCUACUGCUACAAGGAGAGCGGCGAGAAGACGGACCCGGUCGGGAAUGGGAAGCAGUUCCAAGUCUAAGCGAAAGGGCAGAAGUCGCCUCCUUCCUCGAGAUCCUCUUUCCCGGAGCGGAACAACCGAGCGUCCGGAAGACUCGGGUUGGGCCGCCCAACGCUGCGAGAGACGGACUAUUUGAGAUCCAGAAUCUGGAUCGCACGGUACG